UGUUUUUCUUUUGAACCUUACCAUUUCUCUUUUACGUGUGUGUGGCUAAACCUUGAUUUUUCUUUUAUUUGAGACAAAGACUUUGUCAAGCUUCUGCUAAGAUACUGGUGACUGUUUACAAAGUCCAAGGAGCAUAUGCAAAAUUUAAUAUGAAUAUCGAAUCAGUUGAGAAAUGUGUAUCACAUAUACAGGAGAAGUUGGUAUAUUGCUACUAAGGAACAGCACGUGAUAUAACAAUCGAUAAUUACUCAACCAGAUGAAAUUGCGGAGGCUGAGGUUAUCUGACUGGAUAAUGUACUUGUAUUCUGGUCAUAGCAAUGAUUUCUAAAGAUAACUGAUUAUCUUUAAUUUGAUACAUUGUUGUUAUUGGCAAACUGGGUGUUUACCUCUACUGUAUAAAAGUGCAGAAAUCACACGAGUCGCUUUACAAAACACAUAUAUUAUAGUUAUAAUUUUGAUUGUAUUGCUCUGUGCGGGGAACAGUUCUCAGCAAAUGGUUAAAGCUAUACUGUGAAUUAGAUUGUUCUGACAUUUCUGUUUAUUCCUAGUAUUGAAUGUAUCCGUUAUCCAUGAUGAUUUCAAUAAUGUUAUGUAUUGGACUUGGACUUGGAAAUGGAUUAGUUUUACAUGAAACUCCAGAUACGGAAGUUGAGAUGCCACUUAUUAGUAAUGAUGAUGUUCCAUUGGUUGCUAAGCUGGAUACAAAAAACCUGAAUAAGGCAAUAAAGACCUACAUAAAUAAAACUAUGGAAAGGGUAGUGAUAGAGAAAUUUUCCAUAUUGAAAUCGGAUUUAACGUCUAAAAUUAUGACAGAUAAAUAUCCAAGAGAUUGCGAAGAUGUCACAGGGUCAAAAAGUGGGAUAUACCGAAUAUAUCCCUCAGAUAUAAGGGGAUUUGAAACAUACUGUGACAUGAACAUCGAAGAAGGUGGUUGGUUGGUUUUUCAGCGGAGGCAAGAUGGCAGUGUUGACUUUUUUCGGAACUGGACGGAUUACAAGAACGGAUUCGGUGACCCGACAGGAGAGUUCUGGUUAGGUAAUUCUAGAAUUCAUGAAAUUACAACAAAAGAUGAAUAUGAACUGUACAUACUUAUGGAGGAUCUUGAAGGAGAACAGAGGUAUGCGAGGUACAAGACGUUUUAUGUAGGAGACGUACAUUCAAAAUUUACCCUACACGUUGAAGGAUACAGCGGGAAUGCAGGAAAUUCUUUGGACAGGACCACUCACAAUGGUCAGCCUUUUUCAACGCUUGAUAGAGACAGUUCCAGUAAUUGUCCAAAUAGAUUUAAAGGUGCUUGGUGGUAUAAAAACUGCCAUCACUCCAAUCUGAAUGGAUUGUACCUUAAUGGUUCACACAAGUCAGCUGCAGAUGGUAUUGAAUGGUACCACUGGAAAGGUUACAAUUAUUCCCUCAAAAAGACACAAAUGAUGAUUCGACGUCGUCAUUGAUUUUAUUUCAUAUGGCAGAACUGACGCAGAUAACACGUUGCCUAAU